AUGAAGAUUCCUUACAACUGCCUCCACGCUCGCGGUGGUAUACUCUUUGGAGCUCGUGGCGGCAAGAUACACACAUUCAGCCUCAACGACGGCGCUCACGUUGCAACAUGGAAGCACCCGGAGCUCGAGACUUGUACAGCCGCAGGCUCCGAGGCUCCUACGACGGUUGAAAAUGAGGCGGAGCGUGUAGGAGGCUCUGACAUGGUGGACGAGGCCGAGCAGCCCCCGUCGAAGCGUCAAAAAGUGGCCGAAGACGACGCGCCAAAGAACAUGGACGAUGAGGACGAGGCAGGCGGCAAAAGAACCCGGGGCAAGGAACACCGGAAGCCCAAGCCCAUUCCUGUGCCUGAUCGUCCCGUCAUUAUUCAAUUGACCACCACUGCUGAUGGAAGCCACCUCGUCGCCGUGUCAGCCCAUGACAAGGCGGUUUGGGUCUUUGCACACAAUGGCAGUGGCCAGCUCACACAGCUUAGCAAGAGAGUCAUGCCUAAGCGGCCCUCAUCCAUUGCGGUGUCCCACGAUGAUCAGAUCAUCGUGGCCGACAAGUUUGGGGACGUCUACGCCAUACCACUCAUCAAGAGCUCCGAGGCCUACACGCCGCCACAGCAGCAGGCGCCCGCUUCCUCCGUUGCCAAAAAGCCCCGGACAAAGCCCGCCGCCACGGUCCUGACCGUGCACUCCAAGGGCAACCGCGCCGCGCUGGCCGCGCAGCAGCGCGAGAUUGAGAACCCGACCAACGGCCCGUCCUCGGGCGCCAAGGCCGCCGCGAGCCCCGACUUUGCGCACACGCUGCUGCUGGGCCACGUCUCCAUGCUGACGGCCCUCGUCCUGGGCGAGGACGCCCAGGGUCGCCGGUACAUCAUCACAGGCGACCGCGACGAGCACAUUCGCGUGUCGCGGUACAUGCCGCAGGCGCACGUCAUCCACGGAUACUGCCUCGGCCACGGCGAGUUUGUCGGCGCCAUGGCGAUCCCGUCGGCGCGCCGAGAGCUGCUCGUCUCGGGCGGCGGCGACGAGGACCUGCUCGUCUGGGACUGGGUCAACGGCGCGCUCCUGUCGAGGACGAGCAUCCUGACGCCGGCUCAGCAAGUAUCGCCGCAAGCAGCAAAGGUGGCCGUGUCGAGGCUUCUCGCUCUCGAUUAUCUUUCUGAAUCCGGCACGCAGACGCACGUCGUCGCAAUCUGCGAAGGCAUCUCCGCCAUCUUCACGUGGCAGCUCCUCGCCGACAACACCUUGACCAAACCAAGCAUCAUCCAACUCCCCGGAAAUCCUCUCGACAUCACCACUAGUACAACCAGCAGCACUGCAAGCCUUGCCGUGGCGCUGCACAUCCCUGAAGGAUCCGAGACCGCUGCGCAGAGCCUGCACCUCAUCCAGCUCAUGACUGACGACCAUGGCCGCCUUGCCGUCGACACCAUUGCGCCUGUCCGCGACGACCCGCAAGAGAUCAAGGAGCAGGAGCAGGAUGUCACCGAGGCAGAGGUGCACACGUUGUUCUACACGGUGGAGCAUUUGCGCAAACAGCAGGCGAGCGGACCAGAAGAACGCGAGGGAAGCCAACAAGGAGACGCUGCUGAAGAAUAA